UAUUCAUUUUCAGACACAAAUUUUACGAGGGAAAAUAAAUUCGGCAAUUUUGUGUCGAAGACGGAAGGAUUCGUUGGAUCGUUGCAUUUUGUUAUUUCCGCUGUGUUCUGUAGUGUUUUUAAUUCUAAACGAUAUAAUUUCAUUACUGUAUUGCGCGUAUGUUCCUCGUCCAUUGGUUUUAAAAAUUAUACCAUGAAAAAUCGAAGAUCCAGUAGACAAAUCUCGGAGAAAAGAAAAUCUCAAGGUACUUCAAAGUCGACUGGUGGAGAAAGUGAAACUAUAAAGGCCGAUUUCGAGGAAAGUAAUGAAAAUAAGUUUGACGUCAAAGAAGUCAGUUCUGAUCAGCUGCUUAGUACUGGUGAAAUGACGGAAAAUUCUGGGCGAAACCAUCAGAAACAGUCCAAAAGGAAAACAAAUUCGUGUGAGGAGGCAUCCGAUGCGAAGAUACCUAAAACGUCGAAAAAUAAUUUGACUCCCGAAUCUCUUCCUCCUGCAGUCAGUAACGGUUACCCAUUUGCACCACUUCACGCAAAUACUUCAUUUGACGAUGAUUUUUUAGUCAUUAGGCGAUCAUCUACUCUUUCUAGUUCUACUAAGAGAAAAGAUUAUUUUGCAAGCUUACCCGAUGAAGUUUUAUUGAUGAUGUUUAAAUAUUUACCAAAAACAACUUUGAUUAGUUGCGCUUGCGUCUGUCGUCGUUGGAAACGUAUUGCGUACGAUAAUGAUUUAUGGCCUAGGAUAGAUCUUUCAACUCGUAAACUCGUGCCUGGAAGCAUGGCUCAUGUAUUGUUGAGAGGGCCUCAAAUUUUAAGAAUGGCUCAAACCGAAGUAGGAACUCCCAUUUUUAGAAAUUUGGAGGAGACAAUGGAAACCCAUGUUUCUAAAAUAGAAUUUCUAGAUUUAAGUAUGGCUAGUAUAAGCGUUAAUGAUUUAAAAUUGUUGCUGAAAACUUGUCACAUAUUACAAAAACUUAGCUUAGAAAACUGCGAGAUAGAUGAAAGCGUUUGUAAAGAGAUUGCAAAGAAUGAUAAACUGACGGUUUUAAAUAUGUCUCAAUGUGUUGGAUUGAAUGAGGCUGGUGCUAAAGAAAUACUCACCAAGUGUGACAAGUUAGUCGAAUUAAAUAUCGCUUGGACGUUAUUGAAGAGUACAUCAAUUAAAACCAUAUGCCAGUAUGUUCCCAAAGACGUACAAAAAAUCAAUUUGAGUGGCUGUUUGAAAGAAUUAACGGAUGCUCACGUCAGUACUCUUGUGAUAAGGUGUCAUAAACUAAAAGAAUUAGAUCUCAGCGAUUCUACUACCAUUUCCGAUACCAGCGUUGACGCAAUUUACAACAAUUUAAAAGACCUGGAAAUAUUGUCUUUAAGCCGUUGCUACAACAUUUUACCUGCUAGUUAUACUAAAUUGUUUAUGUUGCCCUCCAUCAAGCAUCUGAAUAUUUUUGGAUUAUUUCACGAAAAUCAAAUAGAAUCGUUGCGUAAAUCAUCGGAAAUCAAAGUGAACAUGUUGAGAUUUUCUAGCAUAGCACGACCAACUGUAGGUAAUAAGAGAACUAGUAUAUGGAAUAUUCGUGUACGAGACUGAAAAGAAUAAACGUACGCAUAGGUAGAAGUAGCACCUUAAUUUAUGAUUUAUUUAUUUUGAUGUAUUGACUGCUUUUAAUUUUCAAAUUUUUCAUCGAGAAAAAUAUUCUCGUCGCUUUUACGUAGAUUUAUCUAUGUACGAUUUUUAUAUUCUUAUUGUUUUAACGCAUUUCGAAGAAUAAUUGUACUUUCGUUUUUGAUAGUAAAACGUUUGCAACCUUUUAUUUUA